AUGGAGGGGUUAUUGUUCAAUGUCAAUGGUGGUUAUCUCGAAGGAGUCGUGCGUGGAUAUCGAAAUACCUUACUUACAAGCACAAACUACGGCAAUCUCACGCAAUGCGAUACUAUCGACGAUGUCAAGACACAACUAGGCCCAGCCUAUGGCGAAACACUCUCAUCCUUACCUCCGAACCCUUCUACAUCUGCCCUCGCAACCAAGACAACGGAGAAACUUGUCGCAGACUUUAGAUACCUACAAGGCCAAGCGACGGGGUCAUUAUCGAAAUUCAUGGAAUACCUCACAUACUCCUACAUGAUCGACAAUGUAGCGCUCCUCAUCACCGGCACACUUCACGAAAGAGACACAAAGGAACUCCUCGAGAGAUGUCAUCCGCUGGGUUGGUUCGAGACGAUGCCGGUCCUUUGCGUGGCGACAAAUAUUGAAGAAUUGUACAACUCUGUUCUCAUCGAGACCCCAUUGGCUCCAUACUUCAAAGGGAGCCUCAGCCACCAAGACUUGGAUGAGCUCAACAUUGAAAUCGUCAGGAACACCCUCUAUAAGAACUACCUAGAAGAUUUCUACAACUUCGUCAAUAAUGACCCUGAGAUGGCCCUCACACCCACUGGCGAGAUCAUGUCUGAAAUCCUAGAGUUCGAGGCAGACCGACGGGCCAUCAACAUCACUAUCAACUCCUUUGGCACAGAGCUGACCAAGGAUCAACGCAAAAAACUCUAUCCUGAGUUCGGCAAGUUAUAUCCUGAGGGUAUGUUGAUGCUCUCCAGAGCCGAUGACCUAGAGGGUGUUGGUCUUGCUGUGAGUGGAGUGGGCGAUUACAAGAGGUUCUUUGACGAAGUUGGCUUCAACCAAGGUGGUACUGGUGGUGGCAAUAUGUCAGGAGGCAUGGGAGGUGACUCGAAAUCUCUAGAAGAUAUGUUCUACCAAAAGGAGAUGGAACUAUCAAAGAUGGUUUUCACGAGACAAUUUACUCAUGCAGUCAUAUAUGCGUGGGUCAAGCUGAGAGAACAGGAAAUCCGCAACAUCACCUGGAUCGCUGAAUGCAUCGCACAGAAUCAAAAAGAGCGUAUAGGCAACUAUAUCAGUGUGUUCUGA